GAAUAAGGGUGAUUUGAAUUACUAUGAUGAUUUGAUCGAUGCCUAAUUUGAAUUGCAUUCAAACUACAGAAAAACAUACUCCUGGUAAAUCCUUGUGACAUUUUUCUCUUCUACAGACUUGUGUAAAAUCUAUCUCAACUUGGUUGAUAUGCGUGUUUUGCCCUAGUUUUAGCAUGCAAUUUUAGUAAUCACUGAUCACCUUCCCACUAUUCCCAUUUCUCAGUUGCCAGUUCCUUUUCACAAGCGUCUUUUUGAGCGCCAUGAAAUAAAAUUGAAACAUUUCUCCACCACUACCACCUCCACGACGCUUAACCUCCCUGCUAAUUCUCAAUACAUUUCUUUUCUUAGGCUUUACAACACACUCUCAUUUUCUCUCUCUCUCUCUCUCUCUCUCUCUCUCUCUCUGUUUUUCAAGCUUCGUCAUUUUCCCGGGUUUCCACAUGACCCUCCGUUCGCUAACCCUCAAAACUGUUCCCGUCUCACUGCGAGGGGCUUCGGCUGCUCACACCAACCAAAAUGAAACUACCAUCCCCAGCCUCGUGUCCGAGUUGCGAGCCACCUUCCUCACUCGUGAUUUUGACCGAGUCGAACGCGCCUUGCUUGAGAGGGAAUCACGCCUCGUCGCGGCGAUUCAAGAGAAGGAUCAGGAAAUCGCCUCCCUCAAAGUGAAAGACAGUAUCCACAGCUUGGAUAAGUUGAACCUCGAAUCGCAGCUCAAGGAGUUCAGAAAUGGAGGAUCAAAGGUCUUCGUUGAGGUUAAGAAGGAGGAGAAUGUUGAUUCUGAUUUGAGCGCUGCUGGAAAGUGCAUGCAUUGUUUGGAGAUGAAGAACGAAUUGGAAAAAGAGAAGGGUGUAAGUGAGUCUCUUAGGGAUAGGAACAUGCAGUUGGAAUUUGAAAAGUCUGAGCUCUUGGAAGAGAGGAAGAAAUGGGAUGAUCAAAGAUGUGUUGUUGAUGAUCUUAAGAAAAGGAACAUCGAAUUGGAAGCUGAAAAGUUUGGGUUAUUGGAGGAGAAGAAGAAAUGGGAUGAUGCUAAGGGUGGGAUUGAUGGGUUGAGCGAGGAGGAGAGAAAUGGUGCCGAUGAGGCAUCGGUUGAGUAUUGGAAGAGGAAGUUCAUUGAAUUGAGUGAGAGGUUGGAGAGAGAGGCUGCAGAGGAUGAUGAUGAAGAUGAUGAUGAUAAUGAUGAUGAUGAUGAUGAUGGAGGUGGUGGUGGUGGUGGUGGCGAUGAUGGUGAUGGGAGCAACAUUGAAGAGAAUAAAACGGGUGCUGAGAAAGUUGCUCUGGAAAGGAAUGAAAAUGUUGGUCUUUCUUCAAGGGAUUCGGCUACACUAAUCAUACCAAGCAAAGAUGGUGCUGGUGUUACUGCUGCUUCAGCAAAGGGAAGUUUGGGGACGGCAGGUUUCAUCUACAUAGACAGUGAUGAAGAUGAGUGUAAUUCACAGCGAACAUUGCAGAGGAAAGACACUAAGACGAAGGUUAUGGCGGAUAAUGAGAUUCUGAGUUCUUCAGGUGCUGUCAAGCGAAAGCAGCGUCCAAGUGCUUCUAUAAGUGAUGUCGGUAGGAACAACGACGUCUUGGAUGGCUCAGAUUGUGAUACUGCCAGUAACAGUUGCAGUUCUUCUGGUUCAUUAUAUGAUAUGGAUCAGCUUCCUUUGAGUUCACUUACAAGUAAAAAGAGAAUGAGAACUGAGCCAGACACUCUUUUGGUUCGAACUCUUCACCAAAGUAAGUGACAAGCGUGUGCAUAAGAAAUAAUGUCUUGAAUACAUUCGCUUUUGCUGGGCAUUUCGUGUUUUGUCUAUAUCAAAAUGUAAUGAAACGUUCCCUUUGAAAAGAAAAUGUCCAAAAGUACUUAAUUUUGUUUCAAUUUUAAUAGCCUUCCCCUAGUCUCUUGGAUCAAUUCUUCUGGGAAAGCAAGAACUAUAUUUUCCACUAUAUGAGUAUAUGUUGCUUAAGAUGUAGUCAUGUAGAUUAUUUUAUUUUUUGUUACAUAAAGAUCUAUAUUUUCUUCAUAGGAUUUCGAUAUAGUUAUUGAUCAUGUGCUUUAUUAUUUAGUGUCUUUCUCUUUCCUAAACAUGGACGUGUAUUUAUCAGUUCACUUCACUUCACUUCACAAGCUAUCUUGUUGAAGAUCUUGUACUAAAGUAUCUAGUCAUAGAUGUAAAAACAACCUAAAAAACCACCUCCUUGAUA